GACAGGUGCGUGACAGUGGGAGCUGCUCUUGGCACAAGCAUGUACGGCAAAGGUAAGAGUAACAGCAGCGCCGUCCCGUCCGACAGCCAGGCCCGGGAGAAGUUAGCACUCUAUGUAUAUGAAUAUCUGCUCCAUGUAGGAGCUCAGAAAUCAGCUCAAACAUUUUUAUCAGAGAUAAGAUGGGAAAAAAAAAACAUCACAUUGGGGGAACCACCAGGAUUCUUACAUUCUUGGUGGUGUGUAUUUUGGGAUCUCUACUGUGCAGCUCCAGAGAGACGUGAAACAUGUGAACACUCAAGUGAAGCAAAAGCCUUCCAUGAUCAUAGUGCUGCAGCAGCUCCCAGUCCAGUGCUAGGAAACAUUCCCCCAGGAGAUGGCAUGCCAGUAGGUCCUGUACCACCAGGGUUCUUUCAGCCUUUUAUGCCACCUCGGUACCCUGGAGGUCCAAGGCCCCCAUUGAGGAUACCUAAUCAGGCGCUUGGAGGUGUCCCAGGAAGUCAGCCAUUACUCCCCAGUGGAAUGGAUCCAACUCGACAACAAGGACAUCCAAAUAUGGGUGGGCCAAUGCAGAGAAUGACUCCUCCAAGAGGAAUGGUGCCCUUAGGACCACAGAACUAUAGAGGUGCAAUGAGACCCCCACUGAAUGCUUUAGGUGGCCCUGGAAUUCCUGGAAUGAACAUGGGUCCAGGUGGUGGUAGACCUUGGCCAAACCCAACAAAUGCCAAUUCAAUACCAUACUCCUCAGCAUCUCCUGGGAAUUAUGUAGGUCCUCCAGGAGGUGGAGGGCAACCAGGAACACCCAUCAUGCCUAGUCCAGCAGAUUCAACCAACUCUGGCGAUAACAUGUAUACUUUAAUGAAUGCAGUACCUCCUGGACCUAACAGACCUAAUUUUGACAAUAUUUUAAUAUAA